GGCCCGGCCCGGCGCGGCACCAUGUGGGGCGGGCUGCACCCCCAGCCCGGCUUGCGCGGCUACAAGGCGGGCUCAGAUUAUUCCUCAGUGGGAUGGUUACCUGGUACUGAAUCCCUGUGGCAGAGCACAACGAUUUCAUCAAGCAGUCAAAGCAAUCCUGUCAGAAGACACAGUAUAGCUUCCGACAGCGGGGACACUGGGAUUGGUACCUCCUGUUCUGAUAGUGUGGAAGAUCAUUCAACUUCAAGUGGUACCUCCUCGUUUAAGCCCAGCCGAUCACUGGUUUCCAUUCCCACUGCCCAUGUGAUGCUGUCUAAUGCCAGCUCUUCACUUUCCAAACACAGGGAAGCUUUCAAGUCUGAUGGCUCAAAAUGGAGCACAAGCUUUGUACGGUCAGGAGGAGGCAGAAAUCAGGGUUCACUGGACAACUCCCUUGACAUGAAAGAUGCAAGACCUGUGAGAAAAUGGUCCUCCUUGUCUAAACUCAGCUCACCAAAUACCUUCAGCCAAGAUGGUAGUAGUCAUUCGGUGGAAUACAGGGCUGGUACAGACAAAGCUGUGUCACCACAAUUAAGGACAAAUGGGCCAAGUUGUUUGCAUGACAGCAUGGAGUUGCUAAAAAUUGAGGACAGAGAAAUGGGGAAAAAACGAUCUUCUCUACUGGACUGCAAAUAUAAAUUUGAAACAUGCAGCAAAGAUGAUUUUGUUUCAGAUUCCCCAAGCAGGAGACAUGCCUUAGACUUGACCUACAGUGCCUUACCUGAAAGCAAACCUACGGCAGCCAGUUGUGAGGCUUUCGGACAGAGAUACGCAACGCUGGGACAGCAGGCUGUGAGUGGAGCUCCCAUACAGCCGGCAGUGAGGACUCAAAUGUGGCUUAAGGAGCAGCUCCGUGCAAAUCCCCUGGACUGCAGGCCUGCCGAGGAGCCCUACGGUGUAGCUGCAUGGCAUGUGCAGCAGCCUGAAGAUUUUAGAAUAGGAGGUGAACAGCCUGUGCAGGUUUCACCUGGAACAUCUCGUCCAAGUUACCCAGCUACCAGCUAUCAGGACUCCAGCAACUGGGAAUCUCUAAUGAAAAUUAAAGAGGGGCUGCUAAGACAGAAAGAGUUUGUGAUUGAUCGGCAAAAUCAGCAAAUUAACAAUUUACAUCAGAAGAUAAGGGAGAAUGAAUUACGAGCUCAACACGCAAGACUGAGCCAUCUUGUGAACUGCGAAGAACCUUACGUGACUAAUUUACAGCAACCACAGUAUGAGAGCACACUGCUGCAACCUCACAUUUCAGAAAGAUCAGCCUCCCACCUUGAGGAGCUUGAGCGAAAGAUUGCAGCAGCUGAGAAUAAGGAAUUACAACUCAGUGAAAUUGUAAAACAACUUUCAAACAAAUCUAGUGAGGAGAAAAAGAAGAUGGAGGAGAAACUUAAAACUAGAGAUCGAUAUAUUAAUAGCCUGAAAAAGAAAUGCCAGAAGGAGUCUGAGCAAAACAAAGAAAAACAAAGACGAAUUGAAACCUUAGAAAAAUACCUGGCUGACCUACCAACACUGGAUGAUAUAGAAGGGCAGACUAAACAGCUGCACAUUCUAGAAGAGAAGAACAGGCAACUUCAAGAAACUAUGGCUGAGUUGGAAAAGAAGCUCGGCGAGGCCCGGUCGCAGUGCAGAGAGAGAGAAUUACAACUGGCAUCUCAGAAGAAAAAAGAAAAGGAGCUGGUCACAACAGUGCAGAGUUUACAACAGAAAGUAGAAAAAUGCCUGGAAGAUGGUAUUCGGCUUCCUAUGUUGGACACGAAACAGCUUCAGAAUGAGAAUGAAUGUCUUAAAGAGAAGAAUGAGAAAGCCAGUAAGGUCAUAGACAAUCAGCAAAAUCAGAUAGCUGGACUGAUUUUAGACAUGCAGUCUAUGCAAGAGAAGCUUUCGCAAGAAAAGUUGAUAAUUCAGAAGAUGACAAAUGAGCUUGAGGAAAAAGAAAGGAAUAUAGAGCAGUUGAAUAAAACUCUCUCUGAAAACCAAAGACUGAUGGAAGAGAAUGCCUGCCUGAAGGAGCAGAUGCGGCUGGUGGAGCAGUCCAGGCAGCCAGUAUCUGAGAAGAUGCCUAUAGCAGACCAGUUGUUCAAGGAAAUGUCCCAUUGCUUGUUUGACUUGAAAGCACUGUGCAGUAUUCUUACCCAGAGAGCUCAGGGCAAGGAGCCUAACCUUUCCUUACUGCUGGGAAUCAGAUCACUGAGCUGUUCAGCUGAAGAGAGCGAAAAUUACCACAGCACAGAAACUCUUUCAAAGAAGCUCUUGGACGUUUGUCAGUUACGGAAGGAUAUUGAUGAAUUAAGGACUAUAAUGUCAGACCGUUAUGCUCAAGACAUGGGGGACAAUUGCAUUACUCAAUGACAAAACUUCAUCUAGUAGAAAACAACUUACUAAAUCCUGCUGUGUCACAGGUCUUUUCAUUUCUACUAAGGAGCCAUAUUGGAAGGCUGCAAAUAGCCCCAGACAUGCACCUGUGAGGGCUGCGUAUAAUUAACCUUGGGAGUCUGGUCUGGAGGGGAGAGUCAGCAUUGAACAGAGUGGUACAAACUGCAAGAAAUCUUUUCUCCAAACUACUGAAUGUAGGAACAAGCUGUGAAGAAUGAUUCAGUUGGACACUCUGUUUCCUUCAUUAGGGCUCAUUUCAUUACUUCACCUAGUUUUUGGAAUCAGAGCUUCAAAACAGCCGUGCUGCUACUGCUCUCAGUCCUUUCCUUCAUCAAGGGUUUGUGUGGCAUUAUAUGUGUUCUGAUAUUAGAGGAGAAGGUCGAAGGACCUGUAGCUGUAUGUGGUGAAGCCAGGGAUUUCUGCCACUGCACUUCACUCUAAGAAUUGCAGUUGGAACAAUCUUGGAGCACUACAAAAAGUAGUUGCUAUCCAAGUUGUCUAAAAAUAGGAAUAUAGGAAAGAUGGUUUUAGUAAUGGAUUGUUUGUCCAAUAGCAGAAACUCCCCCAAGUUUAACUCCUUUAUGCAAACAGGUCCAUAAAAUAUAGCUGUAUCAGGUUGUUUGAAGUGCUCUCACAUUGCUGUAAGAAGUUUCAGUAAUAUGAAGUCUGUGACAAACCCAGAGAAGCUAUAAGACAUGAAACUGCAGCAUAGUACAUGGCUGCAGGAAAACAAACAAAAACACAAAACAACCAACAACUGUACUUUGGUGUUUGUAUUAACUUUUUCCUUAGGUCCUCUCCAUUUUAAAAUGUGGCUGGUCUGUGUUCUGUUGCUGAAGGCCUCUGAUGAGGUUGUGCACCACCUCAACCAUUUUUUACCACAGCUAUAGAAAGGGUGUUUAACUCUUGGAAAAAUCAGGGCUCGAACCAGAAGUUUUCCAGUUAGAAGUCUUAAGUACUUGGUUAUCCGAGAACUGCAACAUUUGCCACAUUGUUUUGGAAUUUUUGAUCUCUCCAUUUUUGUAGGAAGCAAUUACCUAAAAAAAUAAGAUUGUGUUCCAUAGCUUAUUCAAUGAGUAUCACCUGGCAGUGCUGUUUAACUCCCAUGGGACAGAUGACAUUUCCUGGAACAUUACUGCAAGGUAGCUGAACAGUUAUGCAUGCUGGAAAAUAGUAUUUAACUGAAGAAAACAAAAACUUGUGAAGAGCAAAACCACUUCCAAAACACACUGUUAAGAAAAAUACGUGCAUCACUUACGUGUGUGGGACUAAAAGAAGGUUUCAGAUGCUUUAAAAUGCAAGUCAGUCAACUUACACGUAGUGGGGAUACCAGCAGAAAUCUCUUAGAAAGCUUAGCAAUUAGAACCAAGAAAAUUCUAGGGUAACAUUUUUAUGGCAAAAGUGUUAGUAUCUUCUGUUUGCUGAUUAUAUUUGUGUUAAUAGAAAAAAGUGGUAAAGCAACAUAUGCUGGUUACCAUUUUUAACUUGGUGAUAUUUUGCUUUCUGUCAAUUGUUAAACUGUUACCAUUAAUGUUGUUUUUAUAAUUUAGUGGUUUAUUUUUUUUUAACUAUAUGCAUUUAUUUAUUUCACAGUUUUCUCUAUCCUGAAACUACACUUGGACUAAUUUGCGAAAAAUAACGUUGCUAUUUAUAUUACUGCUACAUGGUGUUUCCAGAUAGAUUAAUCUGGUUCAGCUUCUGUGAGCACUAGAACAGUGUCUAGAGGAAAUCACAAGUGAAAUUGUCUAGUGUCUACUUAAAGGAAAAGAAAUGAGGCCAUUUUAUUUUAAGUUUCUAUGCUCCUUUGUAUGCACGCUGCAAUCUCUCCACAAGGGUGCAAUUUUCUCUGGUUUUCCUUGUCCUUCUCAGUGCUGUGAUGGAGGUGGAGUUGGAAAUAGGAGUGUGCUCUUCUCAUUGAUGUAACAAGUUUUGUCAUGAUUGGGGGAAAGAUCUUCUGAACUAAUCUGCAUUCUUAGACUGCAAACAGAUCAAUGGAAAUUAUCUAAAGGGGUGAUUUAUUCUGGAAGCUCGUUAGCAGUAUUAAUUCCACAUUAAUACACAUCUUCCACAUUGAAGGUGUACUUUUUUUUACUAGUGCAAAACUGAAGACAAGGAACUUUGCACAAAUGGGCUGGCAUGGUUUUCUGUGCCUCUGUCAGUACUGGCUUUUGUAACUAAAUCCUCAGCUCGUUCCUUUGGUGUAGUUUGCUGGUUUUGGUCCUGCAGUGAAGUAGUAGUCUUCAGUUUAUGGCAUCUGUCUCCUACCAGAAUUCAACAAUAGCAUUUCAGAUAAUAAAUGAGAAGCAUUAGGGAGAGAGGAAACACCUAAGUUACACAUUGUUGUUUGUUUCCUUAAAUGGCAAUGUUGUACCUAUAAAAAUUUACCAAGCAACACUUUUUCUAAAUUUGAUGAAAAUAACAAGGAGGUUAAUAGAGCAAUUAGAGAAGAGCAGGAGAUUUUUUUGAACUGUUAAGCUUGUCACUUGGCUGGUGUGCCUCCAGUGUCCCUCCUGUUAAAGGGUGAUACUGUACUGAAAGCUGAGAUCAGUAAUUUAUGUUUGCAGAGCACUUCAGUUUUUAUGGUCUUCGAGUAUUAGUUGAAAGUUUCUCUGGAAGGAGGUCCCAAUUUAUUUGUAAUACUUUGAUUGCAGCGCUGUAAUCUUGCAUUGUGAUGUUUUUCUUACAGAACCUGUAAUAUUUAUGUUGACUUUAAAGCACUUGAUUUUAAAACCCCGUGAGUUUAUCUACCUCAGUCAAAUUAAAGUAGGGAGGUAAAUGAUGGAUGUAUGAGCCAAAGAUGCAGACUACCAACUGACUGUCUACAGUGAUGCAGUAUUUUGCUUUGAUUCCUUAAAAUUUGGCCUGUUGUAGUGGUAGCAAUUACUAUAUAUGCAUCAGUUUACAGAUGCCUCUAAAUGGAAUAAGCUUUGUCUAAGAUAUGCAUGACUGUUUAAUUGGUUAAAAUGUAGUGUGUGUGUGGUGUCAUUCAGCUUAUUUAAUACAGAGUUGAUUAAAGAAUGUUAACAUUGGAAUUGCUUAGAUUUAGUCAUGACAACUUUUUGCUGUAGCUGUUAGACAAUCCCAAGGGCUGAAAAACUGCAGAUGAAUGGAUACUGUACCAUUCUGGGUGUCAGCAAAUUUGUACAGUAACAUUUUGUAUAGUUUCAGAUUGAAUUUAUAUGAUCCUCCAGAAGAUAUUUACAGUAACUACUGUAUUUAAGAAUGUACUUUGAAAAAGACACGGCAAGUAAGUGUCUUCGGACAAACUGUAGAGGAUGCUAUGUAUUUACUGUAUAGAAGUAACGCAGCUCAGUCGUGUAAAUGUGAUUUAGGUUGCUGGCCUCUGCUGUGCAGCUUUAUGGUGUGAUAGUUGUGUGAAAUUGUGGAGAUUGCUGUAACCACCCACUCAGGCUCCAGCAUUUGAAGCUGCUGGUGGUCAAGAAGUCAUUACAAGAGCUGAAAUUCCAUCCUUUUCACUUCAAAAGGUUUCCUUCCUUCCUUUGCCCUCGCAGCCCACCUUUUCUUUCAAAUGUUCUUUUGGACAUUUUUCUUGCAGGGUAAGAGCACAAGGAAAGGAAGAAAGCAAACCCUGUCCUCCACAACCUGGUGUCAUAGCGUGGGCAGUGAUGGCACACUGCAGUCUCUCUGCAAGGGCACAAUUUGCUCCAGUUCUCCUUGUCCUUCUCAGCGCUAUAAUGCAGGUGGAGUUGGAAGUAUAAUUGUGCUCUUCUCACUGAUGUGACGAGUUCUGUCAUGAGUGG